UUCGGUGGGUCACGGUGCAGCCUCCAGCUCAGGAGCAUGGGGUGGCUCCCACUUUUGCUGCUCCUGACACAGUGUUCAAGGGCUCUUGGGCAGCGCUCACCACUGAACGACUUCCAGCUGCUCCGGGGCACAGAGUUAAAGAACCUGCUACAUCCAGCGGCGCCAGGGUCAUGGCAGGAGGACGUGACAGACGCUGAAGAGUGUGCUAGGCGCUGUGGGUCCCUUCUGGACUGCCGAGCCUUUCACUACAACGUGAGUAGCCAUGGUUGCCAGCUGCUGCCAUGGACUCAGCACUCGCCUCACACACAGCUGCACCACUCAGGCCUGUGUGAUCUCUUCCAGAAGAAAGACUAUGUACGGACCUGCAUUAUGAACACUGGGGUCAGCUACAGGGGCACGGUGGCCAGGACAGCUGAUGGCCUGCCCUGCCAAGCCUGGAGCCGCAGGUUCCCCAAUGACCACAAGUAUACGCCCACACUAAAGAAUGGCCUGGAAGGGAACUUCUGUCGGAACCCUGAUGGGGAUCCCGGGGGUCCCUGGUGCUACACAACCAACGGCAGCGUGCGCUUCCAGAGCUGCGGCAUCAAAUCCUGCAGGGAGGCUGUUUGUGUUUGGUGCAAUGGCGAGGAUUACCGCGGCGAGGUUGACGUUACAGAAUCGGGCCGCGAGUGUCAGCGCUGGGACCUGCAGCACCCUCACUGGCACCCUUUCCAGCCUGACAAGUUCCCGGACAAAGCUCUGAAUGACAACUACUGCCGUAACCCGGAUGGAUCUGAGCGGCCCUGGUGCUACACCACAGACCCGAACGUCGAGAGAGAGUUCUGCGGCCUUCCCAGCUGCGGACCCAACCUGCCACCGGCCGUCAAAGGAUCCAAGCCACACCAGCGCACCAAGGGCAAGGCUUUUAACUGCUUCCGUGGGAAAGGCGAAGACUACCGAGGCAGAACCAACACCACCUCUGCGGGCGUGCCCUGCCAGCGGUGGGACGCACAGAGCCCGCACCAGCACCGCUUCGUGCCAGAGAAAUACGCUUGCAAGGACCUCCGGGAGAACUUCUGCCGGAAUCCCGACGGCUCCGAAGCGCCUUGGUGCUUCACAUCCCGACCCGGUUUGCGCGUGGCCUUCUGCUACCAGAUCCCACGAUGCACAGAGGACGUGGUGCCGGAGGGGUGCUACCACGGUUCCGGCGAACAGUACCGCGGCUCGGUCAGCAAGACCCGCAAGGGCGUUCAGUGCCAGCACUGGGCCUCUGACACGCCACACAAGCCGCAGUUCACACCCGCCUCAGCACCGCAGGCGGGACUGGAGGCAAACUUCUGUCGGAACCCAGAUGGGGAUAGCCAUGGGCCCUGGUGUUACACUUCGGACCCAGCAACCCUGUUUGACUACUGCGCCCUCCAACGCUGUGAUGACGACCACCCGCCAUCUAUCCUGGACCCCCCAGACCAGGUGCAGUUUGAAAAGUGUGGCAAGAGGGUUGACAAGAAAAAUAAGCUUCGCGUGGUGGGGGGCCAUCCUGGGAACUCACCGUGGACAGUCAGCUUGCGCAACCGACAGGGCCAGCAUUUCUGUGGGGGUUCCCUGGUGAAGGAGCAGUGGGUACUGACUGCCCGGCAAUGCGUCUGGUCAUGCCAUGAGCCUCUCACAGGCUAUGAGGUGUGGUUAGGGACAAUCGACCAGAACCCACAGCCUGGAGAGGCAAAUGUGCAGAGGGUCGCAGUGGCCAAGACAGUGUGUGGGCCUGCAGGCUCCCAACUUGUUCUGCUCAAGCUGGAGAGACCUGUGACCCUGAACCAUCACGUGGCCCUCAUCUGCCUGCCUCCUGAGCAGUAUGUGGUACCUCCGGGGACGAAGUGUGAGAUUGCAGGCUGGGGUGAAUCCAAAGGUACAGGCAGCAACACAGUCCUUCAUGUGGCCUCCAUGAGGGUCAUCUCCAACCAGGAGUGCAAUGUGAGGCACCGAGGACACGUACAAGACAGUGAGAUGUGCACAGAGGGACUGCUGGUCCCCACAGGGGCGUGUGAGGGCGACUACGGCGGCCCACUUGCCUGCUACACCCACGACUGCUGGGUCCUACAGGGACUAAUAAUCCCGAACAGAGUGUGUGCACGGCCCCACUGGCCAGCCAUCUUCAAGCGUGUGUCUGUGUUUGUGGACUGGAUUAACAAGGUCAUACAGCUGGAGUAGGCCUGCUUUUGAUCCCUCAGAGAUGACAAGACUUCUCACCAAUCAUAAAGCAACCUUUUCUCUC